UUCUAUCAAAACAAAAAUAACCCACCCAAGAAACACUGCAAACUCUUCUCAAUCUCAUGGCCCGACAAAUCUUACACCACCGUUUUCUCCAAACCUUUCUUCAUCGCCGGCCAAUCUCAACCACCGCCGCCGCCGCCGGUAACCCACUCCAAAACUCCACCACCACCAUACCUCCAUCACCACAUACCCCCAACCCCACCACCAGAACCCCACUAGCCAAACAAUUCGAAACAUGUCUCCAAAACCUCAAACCCGGAUUCACCCAAUACGACGUCGUCGAAGCCCUCCGCUCCCAACCCGACCCGGAUCUCGCUUUCGACAUCUUCCGUUGGACCGGUCAACAACGCAACUACAAGCACAGCUCCACCACCUACCUCACCAUCCUCCAAAUCACAAUCAAUAACAAGCGGUACCAACACUCCGAAACCCUAAUCGAAGAAAUACUAGCAGGCGCUUGCACGGGCACCGUACCCCUUUACAAUUCCGUCAUUAAAUUCUGUUGCGGCCGUAAAGUGUUGUUUAAUCGAGCCUUUGAUGUAUACAAAACAAUGUUGAAUAGUGAGGAUGCUAAACCUGAUUUGGAAACGUAUAAAUUGUUGUUGGAUUCGUUGCUUAGACGGUUUAAUAAUGUUAAUGUCUGUUUCGUGUAUUUACGUGGUGUGAAAUCAAUGUGGAAACAGAUGAAAGCUGCAGGGGUGGUUCCGGAUACUUUUGUAAUGAAUAUGGUUAUGAAAGCGCACGCGAAAUGUGGUGAGGUUGAUCAGGCGGUUCGGGUUUUUAACGAGAUGGGGUUGUAUAGGAACGAGGCGAAUUUGUAUAGUUAUUGUUAUUUGAUUCAUGGGUUGUGUGAGAAGGGGCGGGUGGAUGAGGGUUUGGGGUUUUAUAAGGAGAUGAGAGGGAAGGAGUUGGUGCCGAAAGGGAGUAGUUUUAUGAUUUUGAUAUGUUCGCUUGCGAUGGAAGGGAGGUUUGAUGAGGCGAUUAAGGUUGUUUAUGAUAUGUUGGGUGAGUCGAUGUCGCCUGAUUUGUUGACGUAUAAGACGGUUGUUGAAGGGUUGUGUAGGGAAGGGAAGGUUGAUGAGGCGUUUGAUGUUGUUGAGGAGUUUAGGAAGAAGGAUAGUUUUAUGAACGAGAAGACGUAUAAGGUUUUGCUUAAUGGGUUGCGGUAUGUGAACUAGUGGAUGCGGUUACCCGACGUGUUCGUUGACAACAUUAUGAAGGUUACCAUUGUAUGUAUGCUGAUUGGUAUGAUCAACCAUGAUUGUUAGUUAUCUUUUUUCUGGUCACUCUUUCCUCCUGAUCACCAUAGAAUUCCAGCACCGGUGGCGUCUUCCUUGUCAUUAACAUUCAGGUUUGAAGUUUACCCGGACAGCAGCUUAUAAUCCGUCACACGAAAAUUGUAACGAUUUCUUUCUGGUUGGUCACCAAUCAAAGACAUUUCUAUCUAUUUUACCGUUCGACAAUGGGAGUUCCUCAAUCUGGUGGAUUCAGAAUGCCAUCUUUGCAGCCUGAAUUUUUGACCUUGUCCUCUCACUUCCGGCAGCAGCAGGGUCACUGUCGCUGACUGCUUCUAACUACUUAAAAGAAACACAAGGCAUUUAUGUAAACCUUCUUUUGUUUAUAAUCAACAUUUGGUCCGACUAUGAAACCACAUUGUCCCAGAGUGUUAUGGAAUUGUGUUAUGUUAUCAAAUGUGUGUAGAAAGACAGUUGGAUCUGUA